AUGGCUCAAACAGCAAGUCAAUUACUAGGUCACGUCGUUCCAGUUUGCCAAUGGAUCCCGCAAAAUACACCUAAUACAACUUCAACAAUACCUGCUUACCCACUUUUUCCAGAAAACGUGAGGGAAUGGACCGGAUUCUUUCAACAUGUCAGACGUGCUGGUACGAUUUUUCCCCUUCCAGGAGGACUAUUCCCCACUGGAUACACAAGUGCAGUACCUCUCAGAGUCGAAGGCGAGGCAAAAACUCGUUUACUGAAUAAUGUUUUAGCGCCUGUUGAAUCGUUAUUAGUACCACAAGGAGCAUUUCUUGAUACACCUGCCGGAUUUUUAGGUGCUUCUGACCAUGUUUUAUGCACUAAUAAUUACACAGUGGCCAAGAUGCCGGUGGAAAUGAAAACGUGCCACAAUCUUGAUUUACGCGGUUAUAAUUUCUGGGAAAUUUAUCGAUAUAUCGACCGGUGUGGAAUAAUGAAUUCAAGAUUUGGAGACCAAAGAUUCGAUCCAAAUUUUAAAUUCAAGAAACGUAUCCUAUCGCAGAUAUUUCGUGAAAUGGCCUGUAAUGGCCUCCAUUAUGGAAUUUUAUCAAAUUAUAGUGAUACAUAUUUUCUCAAGCGAGUAGAAACAAAUCCAACCACCCUUCAUAUUUCCCGUGUUAUUCAACCCACUGAUACUAAUCCGACUUUACGCGAAUGCGUUUACUUUAUCAGCCAACUUGCCAUUAAUGAUAAUGUUGGUAAUAGAUUGGAACGUGUAGUGUUUGACAAGAAGAGGAAGAGAACAUCAAAGAGGAGUAGAAAACCAAUUGCGAGUUCAUCCAAGGGAAUUACUACUGUAGAUAAGUACAUAGGUGGCGGAUCAUUUGGAAAAGUUUUUUCUGGAUAUUAUGAUAAUCAAGAUGUAGCAUGGAAGACUUGUGAUGCAUAUAAAAAGCAAGAGGAGAUGAAAACGCUAAAGCAUGAAGCUCAUAUAUAUUCUAUUUUGAAAGAAUGUCAAGGUCGUGAUAUUCCACGUUUGUUCUACAAAGGUUACAUUUAUGACGGAUAUCUUUUUGCGUUAGCGUUACAAUUAAUUGAGGGUCAUCACGUUGUUCCGGAAAGACUCACUAAAGAAGAAAAAAAGUCAAUAGUCAAUCAGCUAAAAUCAAUACAUAAUUGUGGUGUCCUACACAAUGAUAUCUCAGAGAAAAAUAUUCUAUAUGAACCAAAGAGUCGCCAUUACUUUUUUAUUGAUUUUGGCUUGAGUGAGGUCGUGGGUAGUGAGUCGCUGAAAUUGCUCCAGGAAGAAAGAAGAUUAAAAAAAUUUUUAAAACUUUAA